AUGGGCUUAGAGAACAAGAGUCACCAGCUUCUGUCCGAGAUUGCAACCAAUAACAAGCAUGGAGAGAAUUCUCCUUAUUUUGAUGGGUGGAAGGCAUAUGAUAGCAACCCAUUUCACCCCACAGAAAAUCCUCAGGGUGUUAUCCAGAUGGGUCUCGCAGAAAAUCAGCUCUGCCCUGAUUUGAUCCAAAAGUGGAUAAGGAAUAAUCCCAAUUGCUCCAUUUGCACACCUGAAGGAGUGAACUGGUUCAAAUAUAUUGCUAACUUUCAGGAUUAUCAUGGGUUGCCAGAGUUCAGAAAUGCUGUGGCAAGUUUUAUGUCAAAAGUGAGGGGUGGUAGGGUCAGAUUUGAUCCAGACCGUGUAUUGAUGAGUGGAGGAGCCACGGGGGCUAACGAGCUAAUCAUGUUCUGUUUGGCUGAUCCUGGAGAUGCUUUUCUGGUUCCUAGCCCUUUUUAUCCAGCAUUUAUCCGUGACUUGUGUUGGAGAACUAGGGCGCAACUAAUUCCUGUCCAAUGUGAUAGCUCCAACAACUUCAAUAUAACUAGAGAGGCUCUUGAAGAAGCUUACAACAAAGCACAAGAGGAGAACGUCAAUGUUAAGGGGUUGAUCAUAACAAACCCAUCAAACCCUUUGGGAUCAACAAUGGAUAGGGAAACACUAAAGAGCAUUGUGAGCUUCAUCAAUGAAAAGAACAUUCAUUUAGUGUGUGAUGAAAUCUAUGCAGCCACUGUGUUCAGAGGCCCUUGCUUUGUGAGUGUGUCUGAGGUGAUACAAGACAUGGAGCAAUGCAACCGUGACCUCAUUCACAUUGUCUAUAGUUUGUCUAAGGACUUGGGACUUCCAGGGUUCAGAGUUGGGAUAGUUUAUUCAUACAAUGAUGAUGUGGUGAACAAUGGAAGAAAAAUGUCAAGCUUUGGAUUAGUGUCAUCUCAAACACAAUUUUUUCUUGCUGCAUUGCUUUCUGAUGACAAGUUUGUGGACAAGCUUCUGGAUGAGACUUCAACAAGGUUAGCUGAAAGGCAUAACCAUUUCACAAAGGGACUUGAGAAGAUUAACAUUACUUGCUUGCCAAGCAAUGCAGGACUUUUCUGUUGGAUGGAUUUGAGGAGUUUGUUGAAGGAACAAACAUUUGAAGGUGAAAUGAUGCUAUGGCGUAUGAUCAUCAAUGAGGUGAAGCUCAAUGUGUCACCGGGCUCAUCUUUCAAUUGUUCUGAACCUGGUUGGUUUAGGGUUUGCUUUGCUAACAUGGAUGACGAAACUGUGGAAUUAGCACUCCAAAGAAUCCGAGCUUUUGUUGGCAAAGAGAGAGGGACACCAAAGGAACUCAAACGUUGGAAAAGUAACCUUAGACUCAGCUUCUCCGGUAGAAGAUUUGAAGAGAAUGUUAUGUCACCUCACAUGAUGUCACCCCAUUCACCAAUUCCUCAUUCACCCCUUGUCAAAGCCACUUAA